AUGAAUGAUGAAAAGGCGUUUUUUAAUGACUUCCGUGCUACCUUGUCUGAUCAACCAUGGAACUAUCUAGAAACUUCUGACCCAGAAAAGAUAAAAAAAGAGAUAAAAUCCAAAAAUGUUGAUUUAUCAUCUUCCUCAUCAAAUCGCAAACAGUUGAUGAGUAUUUAUACAGAAAUACUUCAGUUGAUAAAGGCCAAACAAUCACACAUUGAGUCCCAAAAAUUCGAUUCUAGGCUGGACAUUGCAACACAUGAUUUCAAGUGUUCUUGCGCAAGAAAGUUUAACGUUGCAGAUUCUCUGCCUCCCGAUAGUUGUCAUGAAUCUAAAUGUUCUAGCCGAGGAAAACACAUAGAAACAGAUUCUAUUGCAGAAUCGCUCUAUUCUGGCAAUGGUCAAGAUUCUGGUGGAUCUGUGCUCUCGAGUUUUAGAAGCCAUAGCACUGCUAAAAGGGAAGACGAUGCAAAAACCGAAUCUAGACUUUCAAGCAUACCUAGUUGUAAAGAUGUAGAGAGUUAUGUUCCAGAGAUAGCCGAUACACCAAGGGACGAGCUAGUGUCGGAGUUGUAUAGGAAAAUCUCUUCUGUUGUAUUGAGCGAUUCACAAGAGUCCAAUCCAUCUAUAGAAGAUGACCCAAAAGAGCAUGUACCAUCUCCAAGAAGCCUUGUGGAAAGUCUCUUGUGUACCAGUACAGAAGACUCUCAUGAAGAGAUCAUUUCCAAUGAUUCUCUUGCUGCUUCAAUUCGGAGUGAUGGGUCAGAGUCGGUGAGGAGUGAAGAAGCGUCGGUACAUGCUGAAUCAUUGACAAGUAAAGAGGAGUCUCUGGUUGAUGUAGUAGCAGUAGAGGAUGAGUCAAUCAGUGAAGUAGAGAAUGUGUCGGAUGAUGAAUUAGACAACGCAUCAGUGGAUGAUAUAGAUGAUAAUGGGUCAAUGGAUAAAGUAGAUGAUGAUAAUACGUCAGUGAUUGAUGUGGAUAGUGAAACAGUGGAGGAGGAUGAGCCAGUCGUUGACAUGACUUCCAUCCGCACAAGGUCAUUGUCUGUGGGUGACUCUGUCAAGGAGAGUUUGCAUGGGACAGUUUCUAGUUGCGAAAGUGAGGAUGUGGAGACUAUAAAAUCAUCGAUACGUACGGAAUCUGUUGAAUUAUCCCCAGUGGAAUCUCCGCAUGUUGAUACUCCAACUGUCGAGAGUCCAGUGAUUGAAAAAUCCUCAGAGAUGGAGUCACCGCAUACGGUAUCUCCUGAAGGUGAAUCACCCAUAGAGUCCCCAAUGAUUGACAAAUCUUCAGAGACAUCCGAGAUUGAACCUCCAGUGCUUGAUAGUCCUGAGCCAUUGGAUAGGGAUUCUCUUGAUUCACCGCGUAUUGUAUCUUCUGACAAGGAAUCUGUGAUGAGUGAAUCGGUGGACUCUCCUGAUGAUUUGACCAGUGAGGAGUCUGAAGAUGAAUCUGUCCUCGAGUCUCCGGCUAUUGACAAGCCCUCGGGUGGAGAAUCUUUAAUAUCCUCCGAGAGUGAGUCUGAUCGUGAACUUUCAGAGACUCCCAAGGAUGAACAAGUGACCUCUGAUGUCUCUCUAGACUCGGAGAGCGUCCAUACUUUGGAAGGAACCAGUUCUGCAUCAUCUCCCAUACGAGAUCAGAUUGAUGCCAAUGACGGAGAUUCAAGCUUCACAGACACUGAAAGCAAUAUUUCAAACGAUAACUCACAACUCACCGAUUCUGUAUCUUUCCAAGAAGACUUUAGGAUAAAACAUAUGAAUAGCAGAAACACUGACUUGAGCAGUAAACAGUCUAUAGGUACGGAAUUCUCAACCUAUAGUUCCAAAUCACGAAUUAUAGAAAAAAUGAACAGGAUAACAUCGGGAAAUGCUCAAGAGCGAGGAUUACAAGCUGACCUAGUUCAGUUGCUUGAAACAGUACCGAUAUUAUCCAGUCUGCCUCGUGAACGUUUAUUCAACUUAUCAAACUAUUUCCAGUUGAAAUCAUAUUUUUCAAACAGUGCCAUAAUUUUGGCCGGGGAAGUUCCCAAGGAAUUUUUUAUCUUAGCAUCAGGUACGGCAUCAUCGUACAUUUAUAACGGUUCUAAUCGGCCGAAUAUUUUUAAGCGUAGUUAUUGCAGUUCAGACUACUUUGGAGAAAUGGAAGUUAUCCAAAACUGUACAUCACCGGAUUAUGUUUUUGCGGAAUCGCAUGUGACGGUUCAGUCGAUAUCUGCGGAUGAUUUUAGGAUAUUACUGGGUGAUUUAUUUCCAGCAUUUAUUUCCAGGGCAAGUUCACGGUUUUGUAGUUUAUCCAGUGAGGUAGUUGUGAAAGAAUCCCUUGUAAGGGCUGUGGAUGUCAUUGACGGUGUUGAAAUAUUUUUGGAAAGUCUUCCAAUCAUUAGUAAUUUGCCCAACCUAGACAAGGUUGCAAACAAGCUUAGUUAUGAUCAAUUCACUGAUAAGGAGGUUAUUGGUAUCAUUACUAAAUCAAACAGAUUCUUUAUGAUUUAUAGAGGAACAAUUUCUGUGCAAACUUUUGAUGACGAAAGUAAUAGGCAAUUUGAAUUAUUUACCCUUGGUCCUGGCAUGUUUAUCAGCUCAGUUUUGUUAUCUGAGAUAUCUGAUGUCGCAUCAAAUUCUUCGUUUGUAGCAUAUGAAAAGGUUAUUUUACUCUCUCUAGAUUAUAAGGAUUUUAAAAAGUACCUUGGGGAAAAGGUGUCAGAACUCAAGGAAUAUCUGGAAUUAUUUUAUAAAUCGGGCGUGCAACGUUUGGCUACUGUAUACUCAGAUAGACGUUAUAGUCUUAAUUCAAUGGACUCUCUCUGUAAUAGUGAUGUAAUGAACUCUGAGGUUGAAUCUCUAUGUUUGUCACCAUCUAAACAUCUCAACGUUAAGCACAAGGCAACAUUACCAUUUAGUGAUGAAGAUACUAAUAUUCUACCGCUCUACAAGAAAGUUGGAGAUGGAAUGGUGAUGUCGAUAAGAAAUGUUAUGGAAAACUCUGCGAUCCUAACAAUCGAGGACGUUAAGCGUUCUACAUUACAGGAUAUAGAACGCACAAUAUCACCGCUAAGCAACAAUGUACAAGUAAGCUUAUCUUUGAACUAUGAAGGCGCAGGAGUAUCUAAUUCCACAGACCAGUAUCUUACGUCUUCAAUAGCAGAAUCAUGCAUAGAAUAUCCAAAGCCAGAACCCGUGGCUACUAGAGCAGUGGGACAUACAGCUGAACCACUAACCAGCUUGAUAUCAUCCAGUUCCCUGGGUAAUAGUAGCAUAUCUGAGUUGGAAUGUGCAAGCACAUUGCCGAUGGUAUCAAAUGACCCUUCUCAUUCUAUAGACUGUACAAUUGAAUCAAAUUCUAACAUUGAUAUGAUGGAAGAAUUAAAGGAAGGUAAUGCAGUAUUGAAGAUUAAUUUUGGAACAAUGUUGGAUGGGACUCUUGAAAAGGGUUCAACAUUUGUGCCAGAGCUACAAGUGGAGAUGCGUAAAGACGAACCUGUAGUUUUGGGGACAAUUUCCAAUGAUUCUCUUGCUGCUUCAAUUCGGAGUGAUGGGUCAGAGUCGGUGAGGAGUGAAGAAGCGUCGGUACAUGCUGAAUCAUUGACAAGUAAAGAGGAGUCUCUGGUUGAUGUAGUAGCAGUAGAGGAUGAGUCAAUCAGUGAAGUAGAGAAUGUGUCGGAUGAUGAAUUAGACAACGCAUCAGUGGAUGAUAUAGAUGAUAAUGGGUCAAUGGAUAAAGUAGAUGAUGAUAAUACGUCAGUGAUUGAUGUGGAUAGUGAAACAGUGGAGGAGGAUGAGCCAGUCGUUGACAUGACUUCCAUCCGCACAAGGUCAUUGUCUGUGGGUGACUCUGUCAAGGAGAGUUUGCAUGGGACAGUUUCUAGUUGCGAAAGUGAGGAUGUGGAGACUAUAAAAUCAUCGAUACGUACGGAAUCUGUUGAAUUAUCCCCAGUGGAAUCUCCGCAUGUUGAUACUCCAACUGUCGAGAGUCCAGUGAUUGAAAAAUCCUCAGAGAUGGAGUCACCGCAUACGGUAUCUCCUGAAGGUGAAUCACCCAUAGAGUCCCCAAUGAUUGACAAAUCUUCAGAGACAUCCGAGAUUGAACCUCCAGUGCUUGAUAGUCCUGAGCCAUUGGAUAGGGAUUCUCUUGAUUCACCGCGUAUUGUAUCUUCUGACAAGGAAUCUGUGAUGAGUGAAUCGGUGGACUCUCCUGAUGAUUUGACCAGUGAGGAGUCUGAAGAUGAAUCUGUCCUCGAGUCUCCGGCUAUUGACAAGCCCUCGGGUGGAGAAUCUUUAAUAUCCUCCGAGAGUGAGUCUGAUCGUGAACUUUCAGAGACUCCCAAGGAUGAACAAGUGACCUCUGAUGUCUCUCUAGACUCGGAGAGCGUCCAUACUUUGGAAGGAACCAGUUCUGCAUCAUCUCCCAUACGAGAUCAGAUUGAUGCCAAUGACGGAGAUUCAAGCUUCACAGACACUGAAAGCAAUAUUUCAAACGAUAACUCACAACUCACCGAUUCACCACUUGUGCACUGUGAUAGUGAGGAUGAUCUAGUGAGUUCAGAUAAUGCCGAAGAUUUAGAAAGCAUAAUUCCAUAUGACGAGGAGACGUUGAUGGCUUCAAAGAUGCUCCUUUUGUCAACAUUAAAAAACAAGUACAAAUCACUUGGAGCUGCAUUUGUAUCAAUGGAUGCGGAUCGUAGUGGAGUUGUAAGUAGGGAUGAAUUCUUGGACUUUAUAAAUAGACUUGGAAUAGGUGCCAUUGAAGAAGGUGAACUGUACAUGCUGUAUGAAAUGCUCAGAGGUCCGGAUGAAGAUUCCUUAACCUUUUCCUCAUUCUACAUGAAUAGUGGUGAAAAGGUAAAUACGUUGGCAGAAUUUAAUAUACAUCUUAUCCAACUAUUUGGUAGUAGCAGAGUUGCUUUUGAAAGAUAUUUUGGUUCCCUAAAACGCAAUACUACGUGUAGUCGUACGGAUUUUACAAUGUUAGCUGCAAACGUUGGUAUUGUAGAACCUGAAGUUUCAAUUUUAUUUCAUGAGCUGGAUAUUUGUAGAAACGGUUAUGUAACUGUGAUGACCAUUCUUAAAAUGGUAGUAGGUGAUUGGGAUAGGGAUGUUGCAAUUGAACAUGAGAAAAAGGCUACAUCCAGUUACGGAAAAUUUGUGAAUUAUAUACAAAAGGGAGAUGCUAGGGACUUUAACAAGGAGUUUUCAAAGUCCAUUUCAAUGAAUUUUUUCGAUUCUAAUGUAGAUGGAUCUCUAAUUACUUCAGAAAUGGAAGAAUUUGUAAUAUAUGAUGAAUUGAAGCACUUUGAUGUGAUAUCCUGUGCAUUGUUAUCGCAUGAACCGUUCUCAUCACUAUCACUUUCUCAGAGACGUUAUGUUGCUUCUUUACUUUUAAUUAGAGAAGUAGAUGCUAAUGAAUGCAUUAUGGACAAGGGAGAUGUACAUGAACUUUACAUUGUCCUUGAGGGGAAUCUUACAAUGCACUAUAGAGCAUACCUCUAUGAUAGCACUCUAGAGCUAAAUGUGGGAGAGUUCUGUAAUUUAGAUUCCUUUAUACAAUCACAACCAACGCAGUCUACAGUCACGUGCACAACCUCUGCAAUAGUCGGCGUGAUGACCGCCGAAUGUUAUAAAGAUGUUGUGUGGCCCAUUAUCGAAAUGAGGAUCAAAAGAGUACCUGUAAUUACACAAUUCUUGCGAAGCAUUGAAAGUUUUAAUCUAUUCAACGAUCAAGAGCUUGACCGCAUAGCAUGCGCAUCGACCAUACGGUCAUUCAAGCUACAUGAAACAAUCAUCAAAAAGGGCGAUGUACCCAAUUGGUUUUAUAUAAUAUUUGAAGGUUCUGCCACAAUUGUGCCAGACAAAAACUUGGAAACUUCAAAAAGAACAAGUGUAGAAAAAAUGAAUCACAUUUGUGCAAGAGAUUUAAUGGAAAAUUGCAACCACAAAUUUGCACUCAUUGCAAAUUCCAAGGUUGUUUUACUCGCCUGGGAACGUACUGAAUUCUUUAGGGUGUUUAACAAGACUGGAGCAAUUGUCAAGAAUGAUGCAUGCAAAAUGGAUUUUUGUAACAAAUAUUCAAAUGAUCCCAAAGUCAGUAAACGCAUGUCAAAACGUGUCUCGUUUGUAGAAUAA